CAGCAUCAGAACUACAGUCUUGGUGAAUCUAUCAUCUAUGUGUAUCAAGCAUACGCAACCAAUCACACCACUGAACUAGCAACAAAGGAACAAAAAUAUAAGACCCUUUUCACGAGCGGUAGGAAGGGAAGACAAGGUUUCCCCAGAGGACAAGGGUCUAGUGAGCUGAAUAUCCUUGACUCGAGAGAUCGCAAAAUUUAAACGAAAAUAGAAACGGGACUCUCAAAGACUGUUAGCUGGCAUCUCCUACGCAACUAACAAGAUGACCACUCGAAUAACAGUAACUCGGUCGCAGACCCAAGAGGAAAGCGUAGACGAAAUAACACUAAAUCGGUCGACCCAAGAGGAAAGCGCAGACGAAAUAGAUACAAAGAAUACGACAACCACUACCAUCACGGAAGAGCCACCGGCGGAGUCACCCGAAGCCGAUGAAGGGAGCGAAGCCGACAACGUGUGCGAUGCCGAUGCCGAGAAAGAACCCGAAACAGAAAUUGAAGUCGGAACUACCARCGGUGACGACGACCACGGGCAAGAGGCGGAAAUGCAGGCAGAGCCCAAGGAGAAAUCCGAAAAGCCUGCUUACAUUCCUGGGAUGUUUGUGAUAAACAACACAGAAACGGCAGCCGAGGAGGAGGAGAAGAAAAGCGAGACAUCACCCGACGACGUAGGUGGAGAAGCAAAGUCACCCGCCGAAGAAGGCGGAGAAGCAAAGACGGACUCGGGGGUUGAAACACCCAAUGUUCGAAAGGUACGUACAUGAACAAACAUUCAAAGUUCGCGGCUAUGGAUGACAAUAGCUGUACGACUGAUGAAGUGAAAUCAAACAAGAAAAAGGUGAAGGGUAUGCCUCGGAAAGCGAAUAAAACUCAUUCUGUUUCACAACUGCACUAUAACAUUCUCUUCUGCAACACAACUUGCCAAUACACGUACUUGGACCACAAAUAAAUUCAAUGAAUCCUUUCACCUCAUGGAACAUAGGAGCAACUCCUUUUCAAUCAGUUGUUCAGCACGCGACGACCGAAAGAUGGUUGGGCAGGGUUGGGAAGUGGCAUCAAAAGCGUAACAAAAGGGACCGUUGCGGGUAUAGCAUCUCUUAUUGCACAGCCGAUGGUUGGUGCGAAACAAGGUGGCGUUGCUGGAUUUUUUACUGGGCUGGCUACGGGUGUUGCCUCGUGUGUGGCCCUGCCUGCCACCGGUGUCUGCGUGGGAGCCUACCAGGUGGGCAGAGGAGUUUAUAAUUCAGCGGAGGCGAUCAGUUCAUCGAACAAGGGCAUGGUAUGGGACGAGAAAAAAAGAGAAUGGUAUCACUACAAUCUAGAUGAUGAUGUUAGAGAGGUAGAAGAGCUCGCAGAAGAACGCAAAAGGAAAGGAGAACAGACCGGAUUCAACUCAGCUGACGGGCCAGAACGCACCGUAAAAGAUCGAACCUAUUAUGAUCUUAUGGGCGUACCAACGAAUGCAUCUCAGGGAGAAAUCAAAAAGGCCUACUACGUWAAGGCGAGAAAGUGCCACCCCGACAAAAACCCAGGAGAUCCUACUGCCGCCAAUCGAUUCCAAGAGCUGGGCCACGCCUAUCAGGUACUUGCCAAUGAUCAAAGCAGAGCUGCAUAUGACAGAGAUGGAUUGAGCAUUAACGACGACAAGAACCAGAAACUGCACAUGAGCGAUAUCGAUCCAUACAUAUUUUUCGCUGUCAUGUUUGGCGCCGAUUCUGUCAAACCAUAUAUUGGAGAACUGUGGAUUGCAGACAAGGCCGAAAUGUUUCUGAAAGACUCAAAAAUGGCGCAGGAACUAGCUACCACCAUGCAACAACAAAAUCAAGGGGACGAAGCUAACGCAGCAGCGGAAGCUGRAAAAACACCCGAUGUUUUUCAAGCACAGAGAGAAGAACGGGUGCGCCUUAUGAUGGAAGAAGACGAAUUCUUGCAACGAAGGCGAAAGGUUACGAUUGCAACCAACAUGAGGAAAAGAAUAGAGCCCUACAUCACCGGAGACGAAGAGGAAGACAACGAAGAGCAAUUCGUCUUGUCGUGCCAAGCGGAAGCAGCCCAAAUCUGCAAAUCUGCCUUUGGCCAUGUUUUUUGCAGUGCGAUCGGAAGAGCUCUGGAACUCGAAGCAACCGAAUUCGUCGGAUUUGCAAAGAGUCCCGUGAUUGGUAGCUGGGAUGCCCAUACCGCUGGAUUUCAAAAACGAGCCAUGACUCUGAAAGACAACUACCGAAUUUUCAAUGCCGGAAUAUCGGCCGUCCGGGCCGGAAGCAAGGCGAUGAAGCAUGUCGAAAGCAUUCAGAAGCAAGCCGAGGAACAAUCUUCGCUCCCUGGAGGCGGCAUCGGUGGAGCUUCGCCGAUGGAUACCACUCAAGCAAAAGAGACCAUGAAGAAGUUGGAGGAUACGUUACCAACCAUACUUGAGUUGGCUUGGGCAGUCAAUGUAAGGGAUAUUGCAAAAACGUUGAAGGAUGUAUGUCACAAAUUAUUCAAUGAUACGAGUGUAGAGGUAGAGGUGAGGAUGAAGAGAGCAGAAGCCGUUAAAAUACUCGGCCGAGAAUUUUAUGCCAUUGGCAAUGCAUGUGAAUCGAUAAAACAUGUCACCGACAACGGAGACAGCGCAGAGGAGAUCAAGCUUCGUGCCGAAAUUGCCGCCAUGACCACGCUCGCGAAAGCGCAGGGGCAAGAGAUUAGCGAAGAAGAUGCGGAAUACAUGAUUCGUCAGCAAAGAAAGAUGAAAGAAACCGAACGUACAGCAGGAUCGUCUCCCCUGUGAUCAUGCGGUUCGUCGUGUACUCGUUGGUUUCGUAAGUCAAACGAAGAUUACAAUCGAAGCACUAUGUGCUGAUACAGUUAGAUUGCGACGAUGAAAUAUUGUAACACCAAUGUAAAGAUAGUGACGCAUUUC